ACAGAAUUACAUCAUAGCGGACUGUUUUUAGCUGGGCUCAGUUGGUGUGUUUAGCUAAAAAACAACAAAUAGUCUGCAUGGUAUUUAUGUGUAACUAAUUCGCUCAAAAUGUCUUCAUCCCAGUGUUUCAGAGAGUUUGUCAACGAGCGACUAACUUCUGCUGCUGAAGAAAUAUUCGUUGUUUUUGAAAAAACUAUCGUAGUGUAUGAAGAAGAGAUCGAUCGUCAGCGCAAACUGCUGGAUAUGGUUUUGAAGCCAAAGAUAAACCUACACAAGAAAAAGAUCGCACAGUUAUCUGUUUGUAAUGAGGUGCUCGCUGACCAGCAGCUCUGUAUUCAGGAGAGGAACUUCAGUCUGGACCAAGAGGACCCAGAGCCUCCACAGAUCAAAGAGGAACAGGAGGAACUCUGCACCGGUCAGGAGGAAGAGCAGCUUGUACUGAAGCAGGAUACUGAUAUGUUUAUGUUAAGGCCUACUUUUGUGGGAAGUGUUCUCUGUGAAGAUGACACUCUGCUUUUGGAUCCACUGCCCAACAUCUCAGUUGUAGUUAUAAAAUCUGAAUCUGACCGAGAGGGUUCAGGUGUAUCAGAACCAAAUGGUGUCCACCACCUUUCUCACAACUCUCCCAGAGCUAGAAGCCACACAAGAGGAAACCACGAGAAUGCAAGUUCUGACCAGAAACUACAGAACAAACAUUUCAAAUGUUUAUUUUGCACAGAGGAGUUUCAUGAUUUCUUGAAGUUAAAAAUCCACAUAAGGGCCCAUACUGGUGAAAAGCGUUUUAAAUGUGACACCUGUGGGAAAGGGUUCACCAAAAAGUCUCUGGUGAGGAAACACAUGAUGACCCACACAGGGGUGAAGCCUUUUAGAUGCAGAGUAUGUGGAAAGGAAUUCAACUGUCAGUCAAACCGCAUCACUCAUAUGAAAACUCACACAGGUGAGAAGCCCCACACUUGCGUCACCUGUGGGAAAGGUUUCAACCGCGCCGCAGAUAUGAGGAGGCACAACCGAACUCACACAGGGGAGAAACCGUACAGCUGCGUCUACUGCGGGAAGGAGUUUUCUUACCACUCAUCUCUCACAAAUCACAUCCGAGUGCAUACAGGGGAGAAGCCUUAUACAUGUAUUUGGUGUGGGAAAGGGUUUGCUGUCAGCACAACAUUAAAAAUACACACCAGAGUCCAUACAGGAGAAAAGCCGUAUCAAUGCAACAUUUGCGGGAGAAGUUUUUCUCAUAACACAGGACUGAGAUUUCACAGGAGGAUUCAUGCAAGGGAGAAACAGCAAAACUGAAAUAUCUUUUGAGAACGGUUCAAAAUAUGUACAAAGUAACAGUAGACUGAAGGGAUUCAACUAUAGGUAUGCCAUAUAGGAAACGCAAUUUAAGAGAUUUAAGAUUUGUAAGUAAAACUGACAUACUUAUUCAGACAUGAGACUGACCUGCGACAUUUCCAUCACAUGCAUGUUACGGCGGCUGACUUACUGAAAUACUAGAUCUAAAUGUACAAAACGUCUGUUUCGUUAUCACCCAGCUCUAUAAGAAAUAUAUAUGCAUGCUCCCUAUAUGGACUGACACUAAAUUAAACUCUUGCAGAUCAGUAUUCAAAAUAACUACCAUGGCUGAAAUAGUUCAUCCAAACAUACACUGGUUCCAAUUUCUCAAAUAUGAGGAUUUACUGUUUUGUUUUUUUGUUUCCCUCAGAUCAUUAUGAACUACGUUGGGUUUAUGGUCAGAAGAAAACCAAGCAACUUGCAUAAUGUUGCUUGUUUGCAUAUGUCCUCUUUGGAUCUGUGACCUUUUUACCCAGCUUGCAUUGAGAUGUUGAGGUUUAUUUUAAGUGCUUUGUCAAAGAAAAAUGGUUCAUGCCACUGACUGCCUUCUUCUGUUACUGCAGUUUUGAGGAGCAUGAGGCUGACAUCCUUCUUACCUACAACUACAGUCUAUUUAUUAGUCUGUUGCCUUUUGUUCACUAUAUUUUGUAAUGUUGCAUUACUUGUUAUAUAUUACUUGUGUUGGUAUGUCCCCCAAAGGGUCAGAUUACUUUUGUGUAAUUGUCCAGAUAUUAAAUAUUCUUACAUUAAAAAUGCUACUCAGUCUGUCGAUUGCUGGAUCUCAUGUAUUAGUGUUUUGAGGGAACCCCCAGUAAUAUUCAGAAGUGUCAACAUUGCUUUUAUUGCAAAACGUCACAUUGCUGUUCUUAUCUUUGGUUCCUCUCGUGCAUUUAUACAAUCUUAUGUCUUCUCUGGAGAAGAUUCUGGCCAGUUUCUUGAUUUUCCAUAGCUGUUGAAAUGUAUAAAAUGGACAAAAUGUUCCCUUUUGUGUUUUCCUAAUAUGUCACACUUUAUGUGCCUGUCAGACUAAAGUGAGGGCUUAAUAUGUAUGUACUCCAAUGUUUAUAAUCUGUAUGGUUUAAGAGUCAAAUUUGCUCAAUCUGUUGAAUUAGAUUAUUCAUGAUCGAUGUUAAACUCAUUUAUGUAUGCCUGUUCUCAUAUAAAGAGUUUUUUUAAAGUC